GACAGCAGAAUGGGAACCAUGCGCGAAAUGGUAGCCGGGAUUCAGCAAGUGAAAUACCUAACAUGGGAAGAAAAUUAUUUGCAACUGCUGUUUCAGAAACGCAAAGAGGAGCUCUGGGAAGUCUUACGGUUUCGGUCGUAUCAAGUAGCUUGCAUGAGCCUGGGUAGGAAUGCUCCUGCGAUGGCUGCCUGCGCAACAUUCGUCUUCAUGGUUUUACUUAUGACGCUGAGGUCAACAUUGGAUCCGUGGUUUCUAGGAAGGCUAAGCUUGAGAACCCAAAUUCGUAAGCUUCCAAUCCAAAUUGCGAUUCUGUAAUCUUCUUCUAAUAUUUCACGUGUAGCGAAAGAAUGACACGCUUUUCUAUCAAGGGAUGAAAAACUCUAGAUGUGAGUGUGACAACAAUAAAUAUAUUUAUCAUACUAGUGGAUGACUAGUGGUUGAUGCUCAGUCUCCAAUGGUGAUCGUUGAGUGAUAUAUUGAUUCUUGUUCUUCUUCGAAGGCUUCCCGCUUUCACGAUGACACAUGUAACAAGUUCGACAUUGUUCUUAUGAUCAUAAGUACAUUACCUGUGCAUGCCUAUACCAACUUCAGGGCUCUCACUUCUAAUCCACGAGGCGAUCAACUAACCGCCGCCAAUGUGUUUGCCACCAUCACCGCGUACAUGAGUCUACGACUCCCUAUUGCGAGUCUGCCCAACUGCGUUAACUCAAUCUUUACGUGGAAAGUUAUCGUGCAGCGAUUGGACUCUUACUUGCAACAAAAACCAGAUCAAGAGGAGAUGACUUUUCACAGUACAGACGGGGCAGAAACACCUCUGGGAGUAAAGGACUCCACAGCGGAGCAGCCACAAGUUCUUGUGAAAGUUGUAGACGGAUGUUUUGCAUGGCAAAUUGCAGCAGAGGAAGAGGAUGCUGCGCAUGGCGAUAAUACACCUGUUGCUGACGAUUCCCCUUCAGGUGGGAGUUUCCUUCUACGAGAUUUGAAUUUCGAAGUAAAACAAGGCCAGCUUGUGGCUGUUGUUGGAAGUACGGGAUGCGGAAAGACGAGUUUACUCUUGUCCCUUAUCGGCAGCAUGGUGAGGAGGAAGGGAAAAGUUCUGUAUGAUAAGAAUUGGUCGAAACAACAGGAGGAAGCUUCUUCAGACGACCUGACUCAGACGGAUUCUAGGCAGGCAACAGAGGCUGUCCGUCCUAGCGGAUCCUUCCGUAUUGGCUAUGCACCACAAAAACCUUUCGUUCUCUCUGGAACGAUUCGGGAUAAUAUUCUAAUGGGCCGCAGCCGUCAAGAUGAUGGACAACAUGGACAAGACACCUCUUCCUUCCUCGAUAAGGCUGUCGAAAAAAGCCAAUUAUCAGACGAUAUCUCACGUGGCGAUUGGAAUUGGGAAACUGAGAUUGGAGAAAGAGGUACAACCUUGUCCGGAGGCCAGCAACAAAGGCUGGCACUUGCGCGUGCGGUCUACGGGAAUCCCGAUUUUCUAGUCAUAGACGAUGCUCUCUCCGCAGUGGAUGGCCACGUAGCGAACGCGAUCUUUGGCCGUGUCUUCGCUGGAAGACCGACUGGACAAACGAUAAUUAUCGCCCUGAACCAACUGCAUUUUCUGCCUCGGUGCGAUCACAUCUUGUUUCUGGAGAAGGGGAGAAUAUCAGCACAAGGAUCAUUGCAGGAGUUGCUGGUGUUAUGAGAGAUGGCUUAAUACGUUUCAUGCUAAGAUGUAGUGCAAGAAGGUCACUAGAAAUGAAACGUAGCUGCAGGCCUUAAUUUUGAACGAAGGCUUUCGGCGGUUCUAUUUCGACAAUACGACAGAAGAAAAAGAGGCGGAUGGGAGUAGCUCCACUCAGAAGCCAGAUCUUGCUGAUACCGAUUUAGCUUACGCUGCCACUACCACAGCAGCAGCUCCCACCGACAGCGCGACAACAAAGCCUGAAACUGCUACAAAUACAGAUCCUAUCUCUGACGAGGCUAACCCCGAUACGAAAAACGUGCUCACCACCUCUAAAGGCGUAUUCGGAAAAGAGAUGGCACAGACAGGUGGGCUUUCCACAUUCCAAACGUUGCGACCCUUCUUCAAUAGUCUAGGUCGUUACACGUAUGUGGUAAAGAUGUUUACGAUUGCGACCCUUUGUUAUGCAGCAAUGACCAUGACGGACUUUUGGCUUUCCGAUUGGGUCACGUCGGCGGAGAAAAGUGCGACAAAUAGAGAGCAGGAUUCUUACUCCGAAACAGAACGCAUUCUCAUCCACAUUGGUUUGACAACUCUGUACCUUUUUGGCCUGUUCUCGCUGUCGUUGUUCAAUGCAGUAGCGAUGAAUCGCGCUUGUCGGCAAAUCCACGACAAUGCUGCAACCAUUAAGGCGAGUAGUGCUUUUCUGGUGUUUUCUGUGUGAAGUAUCUUCUCAUCCAACUCAAGAAAAAUUCAUGUAUCGACGUGGUCCUACCAGAUUGUCAACCAACUAGUACUUGACACGAACAUACAGGAUAAAAUAUCACGAAACACUCCCGCAUCUAAGCCCACCGUGAUGCACGCAACCUAUUCUUGGUUCGAGCAAACUCCUUCUGGGCGCAUCCUGUCUCGAUUCGGCGCUGAUCUGAGUGCAGUUGACCAUUUUUUACUCGCGUUUUCUGACGAUAUGUGUCACUUUGUCUUUGCUGUGGGAGCCCUCGUGGUCAUUAUCGCUAUUGUGGUGCCCAUAGUGAUUCCCGUCUAACUUGGUGAUAUCUUUAACGAUUUGUGUAGGCUACGCGCGUAGCCUUGUUGUCUAUGGAAGGCAAGCGUUUGACAAAUCAAUCCUUCGGUCCGGUGAUGACGCUGUUGGGGGAGUCUGGGAACGCAGGAAGGGAGCUUAUUCAUGUUUUUAAGAACUGAGUUUCUCCGCAUCGCAACAGGCGAACGCAAGUUUCAGACUGAAAGAGAGUUGAUUAGGCGACUUAAAAAAUCGUUCUCGUUGAACAAGAACAAGCUGAGUCUGAAACACUCUCUUGUGAACAUCCUCUCGUCCCUGUACAACGCCUUCUCUGUUCUCUAUAUCUGUCGCUCUCUCCCUCACUCAGUCCUGAUCGCCGCACGGCCCCAUAGAGCCUCUAAUGGACCCAUGCACCUCCAGAAGUUUUUUCAGACCCGCAUGGCCGAACUUUUAGCCGAAUUCCUACGAUAUCGAUACUUCACAGAGACGGUCACGCAUGCUGGCUUUUUGUGGGCUAGUCUGGCCGCUUAUGCUAUCAGCAUCGCAGCGGCAAUCGUCAUGCUCCGUUUGCUUAAGAUAAAGAUUUUGGGCGUCCAAAUUCUCGAUGGACCAAGUGCACCAAGUCCACUACCCAUUACUCCUCUAACGCCAGCAACGAUUUCGAACCUGGGGAAGUUGGGCUCGCCCUCUCCUACUCCUUUAUCCUGCCUUACUUCUUCUCCCUGCUCAUUUUACUGGCCUGUUACACGGUCAACAUGAUGGUCAGUCUCGAGCGCGUCUUGGAACUGCAAAAUGCGGAGUUUGUUCCACAGGAUCCGCCUUGGUACACGAAAGACUCGGUUGCAAGGACGUCUGGCGGAGCCUCGUCUAUCGAAGCACCUAGUACCACAAAAGGAGAAACAGAAGAUACCACAUUGAAGCCUUCUCCCAAAAAAAAUCAGAGCGUCCAUAUUGAGUUUUCCAAUGUUUGCCUACGAUAUCGACCACACUUAUCGCUUUCUUUGGAGAGUGUGAACUUGAAAUUUUUGAGGGGAUCCAAAACAGGCAUCAUUGGCCGCACUGGUGCAGGUAAGAGCAGUCUGCUGGUGGCGUUGUUUCGGCUUGUGGAGAUAGACGAUUAUAGCAAGGCACACGAACCCUCAUCUUCGUCGUGCAUAAAGAUCGACGGAAUGGAUACGCGGAAGAUGGGACUGCAGGAGCUGCGUCGGCAAAUUACCGUUAUUCCGCAGCAAACUCUAUUGCUUGAAGGCACGUUGGCACGGAACUUGGAUCCAUUUGGUGAGCACGAGGAAGAGGAACUGACCCGCAUUCUAGAGGAGGUGGGUCUACAUGAAAGUCUCAACUAUGGGACUUUGCAGGUGAGGGAUAUGCUACACAUUUAUGGAAAUGGAUGUGGAUGUGUGUUGUAG